AUGGAACAAAAAUGGGAUCAAAUACUACUCCUUGAUAAAAAACCAGAGCGAGAAUCAUUAUUGGAAAGUUCAAGUGAAGCGAAACCAAGAAUUCCAGUGUGCGUGUAUAUUUUCACUGCCUUCGCUGCCGUUGGAGGUUUUCUGAUGGGAUACAACUUCUCGGUCGUUUCUGGUGCAAUGAUCCUUUUAAAGGAACAGUUUCGUUUGUCGUCAUUUUGGCAAGAGCUCAUCGUAAGCGUGGCAACAAGUACAGCCAUCAUAGGUGCGCUCCUCGGAGGAAUCUUGAAUCAAAGAUUUGGGAGAAAACCAAUGCUUUUAGCUUGCGCAAUGGUGUUUACGAUAGGAGCGGUGGUCGAGGCAUUUGCUACAUCGAGAAAUGGUGUACUCAUUGGUAGAUUCAUUAUCGGUUUUGGAAUAGGAGCGGUGUCUAGUACCGCCCCAGUGUAUAUUUCCGAAAUUGCACCAUGGCGUAUAAGAGGUCGUCUAGUCACCGUCUACUUUCUAUUUAUGACGGGAGCUGAACUUGUCGCUGCCAUUAUUGACGGCAUCUUUAGCCCUUACAAGAAGACAGGAUGGAGAUUCAUGUUUGGUUUAGCUACAGUCCCAUCAGCCAUCAUGUUCUUGGGUUGUCUGUGGCUUCCAGAAAGUCCCAGUUGGCUUGUCAGCAGGGGUGCCUGUGAAGAUGCAAAAGAAGUUCUUGUAAGACUUAGAGGAACAAAAGAUGUGAGCGAGGAGCUGCAAGCUCUACAGACCGUUUGUAAAGAAGAAGAAUCGCAUGAUAAGAAAAGCAGAUUUCAUGAGAUGUUGACCACUUCAAGUACAAGGAGAGCUCUUUUGGUUGGCUGUAUGUUGGUAGCAAUGCAAGAGCUGUCUGGGAUUAAUAUUAUUGUCUUCUACAGUACAACUAUCAUACAGAUGUCAGGCGUGCAGGACGACCAACUGGUCUUCUGGCUGGCAGUAGCAGUCUAUUUUACUCUUUUCGCUUUGACUUUCGUUGGAUUGUAUCUGGUAGAGAAAAUAGGACGCCGUAAGCUACUAUUAGGAAGUCUUGCUGGGGUCAUUCUUUGUUUGUCUCUACUGGGUGGUGCAUUUUACCUGGCGAAGCAACACGAUGCUGCCAUAACUUUUAACGAGAGAGCGCCUUCUAAUAUCAGCAACAGAUGUCCCGCAACCGGAUAUUGCUUGGAUUGCCUUGGAGUCAGAGAGAAAUGUGGAUUUUGUUAUGCUAAAGACUCAGCUAAUAAUCCGAUGAGCGGUUCGUGCGUUCCAAUUAAUGUAUCUUCUUGUGACAACAUGGCGGCGUUUGGUAGAUGCGGUCGCAAGGAUCAUACAGUCACAUGGUCGUACCAAGCGUGUCCAUACAAGUAUGCCUGGCUAGCAACCGUAGCCCUUGUUUUAUUUGUCAGCGCGUAUGCUCCGGGGAUGGGGCCACUGGCAUGGACGAUAAACUCUGAGAUAUACCCUCUGUGGGCCCGUAGCACAGCAUAUGGGUUUGCUUCAGCAGUAAAAUGGACUUGUAAUGGGUUGCUUUCGAUGACUUUUCUCUCUCUAACUGAAUGGAUUACCAGUUCUGGUGUGUUCUGGCUGUACGGAGGAAUGUUGCUUCUAGGGUGGCUGUUUUUCUUUGCUUAUCUUCCUGAGACCAAGAAUAAAUCGCCAGAGGAAUUGGAAUAUUUGUUUUCAUAGCAUGUAAUCAUGUUAUCGUGAAAAAUAUGGAACACGUGCGAAGGAACCUUUAGCUAAAACUUAGAGACAGGCUCGAACCUAGGUGCUCCCGGAAAUAUUGUUUCUUUGUAGAAAUUAUCAAACAAGCUUCCUAUUAAUGAAUGUUAAAAAAAUCAGUUUUACAGUACUUCACUCUUUGGUUGGUUUAGAGAACUCGCACAGUUUUUGUUAACAAAUCAGAUGAAAAAACUUCCGUCAUUGAGAGCCUCGUUCAUUUCAUUAAUCAAUUUGAUUUCUCAUCAGCUGUUCGUAUUGUUGAUCUCUUUUCUGAUUGGCUUUUGCGAAUACGUUUGUUUUAGUAUAGCGGCACUCAGUACAAAAGGGCUUUAAGUACACAUGUAGGAAAUCACCUGUUGUGGUCUGGCUGCUCAAUUCUCUAUAUAAGGAAAUGGCAACGUUAAUACCUGGAUACGAGUUCUGUUAUCAAAGCAGGCGUGAUGAAAAAGACAUGAGUCGUUCAUCUCGAUCCAAAAUCACGAGAUAUCAACCGAUUUUUGGUGAAUUUAACAAAACCGAAACAUAAUCUUGUGUCGGUAACCUUAAAAAAAAUAUUUCAUGAAACGCAAAUUAAAAAA